AUGGCUUCCGAGAUAAUGGGCGCGGAGGAGGACAGCAAAGAGCCCGUGAGCCGGAUGCUGGAGGAGGCGCCGGUGCCCGAGGACUCCCUGGCAGCGCUGUCGGCCAUCCCCCAGAUCCCCGCCUCCAACGGCGAUGGCUACCUGCACGAGCUCCAGCAAGCCAUCACCCAGGAGUCCCAACAGGCAGUUCUGGCGCCUGAGGCCCAACUGGCUGAUGUGGCCAAGCAAGUUGGGGCACCUGUCGGCCAGGAAGCGCAGGGCCACGGUGGCCUGGUGGCCAUGGGCUCGGACGACCUGGGCGAUACGAUCAUGACGCCCAAGGGCAGUGAUGGCAAGCCACGGCCGAGCCUGCUGGACAUGUCCGAGUCAGAGAGGAUACGGCGGCGGAGGGAGAUCAACAGGAACUCUCAGCGGCGCAUACGAGAGAGAAGGAUGAAGGAGCUGGAUGAGUUGCGGACAGAGACGACCCGCAUGCACCACGACAAUGAGCAGCUCAUCAGGCAGGUGGACUGCAUCACUGCCGAGAAGGCCGAGCUGCUGCGGCAGAUCCAGGACCUCACGGAGAAGUGGCAGCAGUCGAUCGCGGAGAACGCCGUCCUCAACCGCGAGAACCUGCAGCUCAGGAGCAACCUCCAGCAGUUAACCGGCCUGUCUGGCGUGGUGCCGGGAUCCAUAGCGGGCGGCGUGCCUGCUCCCCAGGCGCAAAAGAUGGUGGGGAACCAGUGA